GCAUUGAUACAGUGUUGUCUUAGUUUCAGAUACCUGGUAACCAGGUGUACCCAAAACUCCGGGUGGCGGAGGCAAUGAUCACACCAACUAUCACAAGAGCCGGAGACGUUUGUGGAGGAGUUGGAUGUAGGGUGUUUGGAGCCGAGUGAGGAGGACGCAGGGAGAGGCGUUUGUGGUGGUGAUGGAGGGGGGAAGGUCGCUGCUCUCAGACACACUGGAGGGGUCCAAGCCACGCCUGCCACUGCGACUAGAGGAGUCGCCCACUGCCCCCUCCCUCACAGAGAGGGGCAGGUCGCCCCUUACUCUCCCGGAGAGGGGCAGGUCGCCCUUCACCCUCCCAGAGAGGGGCAGGUCGCCCUUCACCCUCCCAGAGAGGGGCAGGUCGCCCCUUACCCUCCCGGAGAGGGGCAGGUCGCCCCUUACCCUCCCGGAGAGAGGCAGAUCGCCCCUUACCCUUCCGGAGAGAAGCAGGUCGCCCCUUGCUCUCCACAUGGACGGCGCCACCUCUCAUCUCGUUUCCGCUGCUGAAACUUUCAAGUCACACUUUUCCCACAGCUCCGAUGACACAAAGUCACUCCUGCUGCAGGGGCUAGAGGGCACCAUGGCCCUCUUAGCAGCCAGGGGCAUGGAAAGCACCAGUACCGUGUACCCCCUUGGUAUGGACAACCUGCGGGCUUUUUCCCCCUAUGGGGGAGAAUGCGUGACCUCGUACCUACAGGAGAGGCUGGAUGCUUCCCUGAAGAGUGUCCGGGAGAGGAAGGACUCCAGCAUAACAGGUGCCGCCACGCCUGACUGUGCAGGAGACGUCAAACGAAGCAUGGAACACACUAGGGAGCAUAAGAGUCACAGGAAGACCUCCGCUAACCACAAGUCCCAAUUGUCCAACCCCAGGCACGACGCUCACCUAGUCCACGCUAUCAGAGAAUUGCAUGAGGAGGAGUUUGGCCUAGAUGUAGUGCUACUAGCUGAAGGCGGUCAUGUAGGCGCGCACUGUGCUGUUCUGGCUGCUGCUUCACCUUUCCUAAAGUCCCUCCUCCUCCAUGCAAAUGACCACCCUGCCAUCAUCUCUGUCACAGGUACAUCAUUGUCAACACUGCAGGCAUUAGUGACUUGCCUGUAUACAGGAAGCAUUCCAGCUGGUGCAAGUCUUUAUCAUCUAGCAGAGGCUGCAAAACUUCUUAAAAUGGAUGAAUUAAGUGCCGUCCUACAGAAAACUUUUAUUGCUCAAGGUGGUUCAUUAUUAGAGCUAGCCCGGCCCCUGUCAGCUUUGCAAUCUGCUAUCUAUGGCUCCCAGAACCUAGCACUGGGCCUGGAGCCACGUGCUGAGAAGUCAGGCAAGAGGAUUCGUAGCAACCGUUUAGACCAGAUUCUCUACCAGAAACUUAAUGUAAACCACCUGGCACCAACUGAUAUUCCUGAACCCUGCCCAGUGCCUCCCUCUGAGUCUUCUCGAGUGCCUAUCCCAGAAUCUCCCCGAGUGCCUCUCCCAGAUCCCUGCGGUGGAAUCUUAGGUGAGCUGCUGACUAAAUCUGACCCCCUUAGGAGCGUGUUUGCAAACAGUGGUUACUCCAUUGCAGACCUGGGGUUUGAUUCUUCUUGCACUCACCUCAAGCCUCUCAACCUCUCUAAGCCCAACAAGAGUCAGUCAUCUUCCACUUCAGAAAUGUCUUGCCAGACCUCUUCCUAUACAUCUUCCACAAAUUCCUCGACUUCCACAACGUCAUCUCCCUGCAGUGUACCGGCCUCCAGUCUAGCUUCCAGUCUGGCUUCCAGUUUGGCUUCUCAGACCAACUUCAGCGUGAGUGGUUCAACUUCACUAGCUUCUACAUUGCCAGGCAGUAUGACUGGUCUUCUGCCGCCAUUGACGCCCUCCAACAUGAUAUCACCAUCUGCCCUCUCCUCCCUUACUUCAUCGUCUGCAUUAGCUUCUCUUGGAGCUCAACAUUCUGCAUCUUCCACUACUCCCUCCAAAACCAAAAGCUCUAGCAAUGGUGGAAGCAGCAGAAGUCGCAGCAGUGGCAAAAGUGCAAGGAGCAGCAAUAGUUAUCGGUUGAGUAGCAGUAACAGCAGAAAUUCUAGUCAGCAUAGUUUACCAUUACUAUAUACUCUAAAUAGUGGCAUGAUGACUCCUGAAGUGGCCAAGGAGGUAUGUGAACAGCUGAAACUCAAUCCUCAGUUAGCUUCCCUUCCAGGGUUUGAUAGCUUAAGCAAUUUAUCAAAUUUAAGCAGUUCUGCCAGUCUUCAGAGUCUUGCUAAUCUCCAUAACUUAACAAGUUUACAGACUUUCCCAACACUGUUUCCAUUCCUAGCUCCUACAUCACCAGAGAGUCCAUUGGUUGGAAAUGUGGGGACUCAAGGCAGUUCCUCUAGUGGUAAAGAUUGCCACAUCUCACCAGGUGCCCCAUCAUGUGACCUCAGUUUAGCAACUGGCACAGACUGUAUUGAAGCACCAGGUGACCUGAGUUCAAAUGUAGUCCCUUCUGAGGAUCAGGUUGCCCUGAACUUGAGUAAUAGUGCAUUAAUCUCAGAAAGUGAAUCUCCAAAACCUGCUACAACAGAUGAACCUAUUGCCAUGCUUGCCCCAGUAACAGUGCAACCCAAACUUCUGGCGACAACUGUGAAGGAGCAGAGGGAAGAUGACACUAUGCACACAGCCCACCCACCUCCCCCUACUGAAGUAUCUUCAAGCUGCCAAACUUUGCUCUCGCAAAAUUCCCAUGAAUGUGUACUUGAUGUAGACCAAAAUGAAAGCUGUGGCAACAUCAUUAAUGGUAGUGUAACUUGCAGUUUGACUCACACAAGUAGCAAUACUAUCAUUAGCAGCAGUAUGGACAGCAGUAGUCUUCCUCUCUUAUUAAUGACUUCUAGAGCGAGCUUGGCAGGAAUGACACCACAAACUGAUCUGCCAACAGUUACUGAUUUAUCCAUGGAUAGCCAUUGUGUAUCUCAACAGGAACCAGGUGUGAUGUCUCCAAUAGUUAUAGACUGUACAGAUGACAAUGGUAUUGAAGUUAUUGAAGAAAUCCCUCCUGGCAUGAACAAAAACCAAGUUAAUGCUCGUAAAACUCUAUACCAUGCUGGACAUAUGGGCAGGAAAAGGAAGGGGUGUGGAGAAUGUGAGGGUUGCCAAGUAGUUGAAGACUGCGGCCAGUGCAGAUUUUGCCGUGAUAAAGCCAAGUUUGGAGGACCCAAUAGACUGAAGCAAGUAUGUGUGUACAAACGCUGUGUACUAGCUGAAAUUGAGCCAGAAGAUGCAAAGAAGAGACGGAAGACAAGUGGAAAAAAGGGUCGUGGAAAAUGUGGAGGAUGUGAUGGUUGCCAACGCACCAGUGACUGUAACGAGUGCUAUGCUUGCCUUCACAAUGCUGCCGCCCAGCCUCCAGCCCGUAGAAAGGUGUGUGAGAUGAGGGUGUGUGAGCAGCAGCAAAUGGAAGAAGUGCGUGCAGCCCUCAGUGUUGCGGGAGAGCCAUCACCAUACUCGACUGACUCACUCAUGGCAGAGAGUAUGGGCAUCAGCUCUGGAGCAUCCAGUCCCACACCAGAUGGCCAACCUAGUACACACAAUGAUAAAAUGAAGUUAAUGAGAAAAAUGCUCAAAAAGAAAUUUGCCCAGCCAUACAGCCGGGUGAGAACCAAGUACUACUGUGGAGAGUGUCCUGGCUGUCAAACGACGACACCUUGUGGUAACUGUCUGUAUUGUGAGGACAUGCCAAAAUUUGGAGGGCCUGGACGAUAUAGGCAGAAAUGUGUAAAGCAGUUGUGUGUGUACCAUCCUCGUCUGCAAGCACUUAAACUCUCCAACCGUAGCAAGUUGACAUAUGACGAGCAGCAUAUAUCCCAUGAAACACUGUCUCAUUUAGGUGCAGUCAUAUCUUGCCCAUCAGAAGAAGCAUUGGAUUUAGGAUGUGGAGAUAGUCGUGAGAAUCUAGAAGAGUUGGAAAGUUUAGAAGGAGCAGAACAUGUUGAUGAGACUGAUGAAGUAACAGAAGGAGAAGACAGUAAUGCCCCUAUACAUGUGAAUGCACUUGAAGUGCGGUUAGAAAAGCAGGAAAGGCAGGCAUUCAAGGUUGAUCGUGCAUCACUCGCUUCCGAUGUGUCUCCAGAAAUAGCUAACAUUUUAUCUCCUGCCAUAGAUGUUAUUUCUUCUAGUAAUGCCAGCUUGUAUACUGCCAUUUCAAAAGCCACCAGUGCCAUUUCUACUUCCACUGCAACUUCUGCCCCCACACCUAAACCUACUUCUUCUUGUAUUCAGGUUAUCAUGAAAACCACUGUUUCUUCCCCUAUUCCAAGCCCCAGUGUUUUGCCUAUAUCAGUUCCAACACAAACUGAUGCCACUAGUCCACUGCCAGUAUCAAAUAUUGAUAGUAUUAGGCCACUCCCAAUACCUGUUCUCGAUACUAGUAAGCCACUCCUAAUGCCAAUUCUCGAUACCCAUAGGCCUAUCCCAAUGCCAACUCUUGAUACUCCUAGGCCUAUCCCAAUGCCAACUCUUGAUACUCCUAGGCCUCCCCCAUUAACAUCUCAUGAUACUACUAGGCCUCUUUCACUACCAUCUCAUGAUAACACUAGGCCUCUCCCAUUACCAUCUCAUAAUACCACUAGGCCUCUCUCAUUACCAACUCAUGAUACACCUAGGCUCCUCCCAGUACCAACUCGCAGUACUACUAGCCCGCACCCAUUGCCAACCCUUGAUAGGCCACUUGUAGUGCCAGCUCUGGAUACUAGUAAGCCACUUCCACUCCUAAUACCAACUCUUGAUACUGCUAGGCAAUUGUCAACACCAGCUGAUACCAACAAGCCACUGGAUACUAAUAGGCCACAGCUAACACCAGCAGCUGAUGACACACAGAUAGUAACAGCACAGUCUCUUGAUUCCAAUAGGCCAAUACCAGCACAAACUUCUGAUGACAUUAAGACAGUACCAACGCCAUCUGCUGAUGGCAACAGCCCAAAGUCAACACAAACUUCUAAUGAUACAAAGCCAGUACCAUCUGAUGACACUAAGCCAACAAUAUCUGAUAACAUUAGGCUAAUGCCAGCACAAGCUUCUAAUGACAACACAUCAGAACAAACACCAGCUCUUGAUCAAGAAGAGACAAAACCCACUGACACUGUCAAUGAGAUAGCUGAGGAUGAUGUAGAUAACGAAGUAGAUGACGAUGAUGAUGCAUCUGAUUCAUCUGUUGUUUUGUCACCACCAUCUACUCCCUCUCCUCGUCCUCGUUCACAUGGAAAAGCACGCUAUCGCAAUAGAGGCCGGGGGAGAAAUACUAAAACAGGAAGUGUUAGUACAAAGAGAGGAAGGAAAAUUCUUCGUCGAGGUCGCCGACGAAGGACUCCUCGCUUCAACUUGGAACCUGAUGACAAUUCAGAUUAUGAUGACCAGUUAAUGCUGACAGAGUUGGAGGGCGAGACUCCUGGUAAAGAGCAUUUGGUUGGAGAGGAAAGUGGUACAAUGGACAUAAAGGGUCAUCAAACUGUAGAAAUGGAAACAACUGAUGGCUCCAUUAAAAACAAAGUUGAUAAAAAAGGCUUUGUGGCUAAUAAAAAAGAGGAUCAAGGAUUUUCAAAUGUUUCAAAAGCUGAAAAGUUGACACACAAGGCCCAGAACAUAGAACCAGAUAUCUUUGAGUUCCAGGACUCUCAAGAAACUGUGAUCAGUAAUAAGGAAGAGACACCAGACUCUGUUAUGUUAAAGCCUAAUGGUCCAUAUGUGUUUCAGGAUGAGGAGCUAAGUCAAGGAGGAAGGGAUGUGAAUGAAAAUGUAGGAACAGUCGGUGAAACAGCCUCCGCAUAGCACUUGCUCUUGACAUCCCUGAAGCACACUCAUAUUCCAGUACAACUUACCAGUGAAUAAACUUGCCAAGUGUGAGUGAUGGUAAAGCUGUGUGUACAGUACAUACAUUAUAUAUAUAUACAUAUAUAUAUGUUAUAUGUGCUUAGAUAUAAGUCUGUUUUUGUUUUGUUUUCUAGUGCUUCAUCUUGAGAAUGUUGAUGUUAUAUGGCUUUGAUUCAUUGGUUGUUGGGUUUCAAUUUUUAAUUUCUUGUUAAAAGAAUAUAGCACUACAUAUUCUGAAUCAAGUUUAGUUCCUUUAUUUUGAAGUGAAAUCUGUAACAUUAGUCAAAAGUGAGAUGGUAAAGUUGUUGCUGUUCUCAAGUUAAGAUCAGUUCACUAGUACAUGGAUGAUGAUGAAUGAGUCCUUCAGUUUUUUUUUUUUUUUAAACUGUUGUAAUAUUUUUGAGCUAGUCAGGUAGUGACCUAUGUUGAACAGGGUAGAAGUUACUGAAAUUGCCCCACUGUGCCAUGGAAGAGCAAUUAAGAGGUAAAAAUAAAACUAGGCAAUGUACGUACACUGAUACAUAUUACAGGAAAUAGAAAGACUCAAAGUGAUACUGAUAUCUAAUGUUUAUAGAGGGGGCAAUCAUAAUUUUUUUUUAGGAUGCCUUUGAAUCUCAUGUGUCCAAAAACCUACAAAAAUUAGUUAAGUGCCAUUUUUUUGCUGCCUAGUUGGACAGAUAUAUUCUAAGGAACUUUAUAAGUCUGCAAAUAUUCCUUAAUUUUUUUUUUUUUUUUUUUUUUUUUUUUUUUUUUUUUUUGGAGAAAGUACAAAGUCAUGUCUCCUUGUGCAAGUGAUAAGCCACUAAUGCGAUGCUGACAGCUUUUACAGUCUAAUAGUGAUAGUGCCACGUAAAGCCAAGUGUUUUGUUAGUCGUUGAGUUAUUGUUCUUGUCUGUUUACACUAAAGAUUUACUCUCUGGAGAGUUUGUGAUGAGAAAGUGCUACGUGUGUGAUAAAAUGCUAUCAAUUAAGUGUUCCCAGACAAGUUACAUCACCUGAGAAUUUAUUGAAUAUAUUUUGUUUUCUGAAAGCAAUGAUGUUAUGCAAGUAUUGCUUAUAAGUUUGUUAAAUAAGGAUAGCCACUCUGUUAAGAGCUUGUGAUUGUACAUACACCUGGGAUUACUUGCUAUCGUGGUUUCAGCAUCUGCGUGUUUGCUUAAAGGCAGUAUAAUAUUAUAUAAUAUUACUGUAUUUUGUUAUAAAAGCUACAAAUGCUCCAUGUUUGGUGUUCCUAUAUUGUUCUUAGUUACUAGUAUGUAGAAUUAUAUUGAAAAUAGAGUUUUGCCAUAUAUAGUAUCUAGAUAUAUUUACAUAGGAACUUGUGACCAGUAUGAAUGAUUACAAAACUAUAGGCUUUUGUCUUUAUCUAUUUGUAGAAACUUACUGUUUAUGUUCUGUAUGUUGGUUAUUCCUGCACUUUAUUAAAAAUAUUUUCUGCUUGAUUUCGAAAUUUUUGUGAAAGCAAAAUAACCAAAAUUGCCAUUCUUGAGAGAAACCUAGAAAUGCUAGCUCCAUGUAUUUUCUUUACUGCACAAGUCUAGGCAAGUCAUGGCACACAUGUCCUUAUCAUGGAGUUACUAGUCUACAUAUUCGCUCGAAAGUGUGCUAUAGAUGCUUAAUUUUCUUCUGUCUUUUUACAGUUACCACAUUCUGACACAUAAGUAUACGAGUCUUCAUUACAGUUGGGGUCAUUGGACUUUAUAUUCUGGGUUGGACUAUUUAUUAAUAGGGGACAAGAAACUUAAAUUUCUUCAAAAUUAUUUUUCCAUAAUAUUGAAGCACCAGUGAGUCAGAAAACACACAAACUUAUCAGAAUUUCUGUACAUACUAUUUUCUACAACAGGAUCAGUUGUAUGAUGAACUGGUUGAUAUUCAAGUCUUUGAACAUGCUAUAUACCCAACAUGUGCAUGUGCUAGAGUGAUGAAAUAUUCCCUAAAAUCCCCCACUAUGAGUGACUCCUAGGGUGGAGUAGCAUGUGAUGAGCAAAAUUAUCACCCCUUCCUCAUUAAGCAGCUUGUGGCUGAGUGGGCCUUGGCACUACAGUUUAGUUACUUGCUAAAGGCCAGGCAAAUAUGUUAUGGGGUGCAAACCUCAGUCACAGCUGGGUUGAUCGUAAGACAAACUUUUUUUUCAUGUAUCUGUGUAUGUGAACCAGUAUAUUAUGCACUGGACAUGCAUGCAUAUUAUUAUUAUUAUAAUCAAAAAGAAGUGCUAAACCACAAGGGCUAUACAGCACUGCAGGGCAGGGAAGGAAGCAAGGGUAUCGGGUGGCAAAAGGGAGAGGGAUGAUUAUUAGGGUACGGAGAACAACAGGGCAGUGGAUAGUGCGCGGGUAGAGGGUAGCAAGAGAUUGAGGUAGAAAGGGCUGAGGGGAGUGCUAAAGGUAUCAUCAGAGUUUGUGGAGUAAAUCAGUUGUCAAAAAGUCAAUGAGAGAGUCCGGAUUAAAGGAGGGUCCAUCAGCAAGAAGGAAAGGUAGAGAGAGCAGCAGCAGAACGGACGCGACGUUGGAGGUAAAUUCUGCAGGCUCGUUGAUAGAGUGGGCAGUCUAACAGAAUGUGGCUAACCGAUACUGGAAUACCCACGAGUAAGACGAGUGUGGCCAAUGCGAAGACGGGAGAGAGUAGUCAUCCAACCCGACACUGAUGACAAGAAGACAGCCGGUAACCUAUACUCGGUUUAAUAAAAUAAAGUUUGUUAUUGAGCAGAUCAGACCAACGCUGUUGCCAACGGGCGUGAAGGUGGGUAGCUAUUACAGCAAAAUAGUCCUUGAAUGGAACACCUCUAUAUGAAACUGGAAAGACACUGCUGACUGUGCAGCAGUGUCUGCCUGUUCACUGCCUUGUAUGUCAACAUGACCAGGGACCCAACAAAAAACAUCUUUAUGCUUGGUAAAGAUACGGCGUAACCAAAGUUGGAUACGGAGAACUAGGGGGUGAGGUGUAUCAAAUUUUCGUAGAGCCUGUAAAGCACUAAGGGAGUCUGAAAUGACCACAAAUGACAGGCAUAGAUGCAAUAUGGAUAAGUGCUGCAAGAAUGGUAUACAAUUCAGCAGUAAAAAUGCUAGCCAAGGAUAGUAAAUGCCCUCGCACGACACUGUCCGGAAACACUGCUGUGAAUCCAACGCCGCCAGAAGACUUAGAGCCAUCUGUGUACACUGCGAUUGCAUGAAAAUGAGAGUGGAAGUGGUCAAGAAAAAGAGAGCAGGAAGCUACCGUAGGCAGUUGGGCUUUCGCGCAAGGGAGUGAGAAAGAACAGACUUGAAUAGCUGGAACUUCACAGGGGGCUAGGGAAAAGUUAGAUGCCACAUGAACAUAGAAAGGUGGUAACUGAAGGGAAGACAACAGUGAAUGUAGGCGAAGAGAAAAGGGACGGAGCAAACAGGGGCAAUGAACAAAUAAAGAAUGUCUACUAACAUCGGUGACUAUUCUAUAUGUGGAAGGAUUGCGGAGAUCAUGAGAGCAAACAUAUUAGCGAUGGCAAUGGGCAUCACGGCGAUCGGACAAGGAUUCGCUUCUGCAAAGAGGCUCUCAACAGGGGAAGAGCGAAAAGCACCAAUGCAUAAACAUAAUCCCUGGUGAUGGAUGGGAUUAAGGCUAGAGAGAGUAGCAGGAGAGGCCACUGAAUAGAUCUGGUCACCAUAAUCGAGUUUCGAUAAAAAUGAAGGCUGAAUGUAGGCAAAGGAGAGUUCAACGAUCAGCUCCCCAUGAAAGAUGAGCAUGGGUUUUAAGAAGGUUCAGCUGGCUGUGACAAGUUGCCUUCAGAGAGGUAAUGUGAGGUUUCCAGGAUAACCUACGAUCAAAGAGAACCCCUAGAAACCUGACCAUAUCACGUUCAGGGAUACGUGAGAAUACGUAUUAAUAAUGCAUGGUGACGACUUCAUAAUCAUGGGUUAAAUGUAUUUAGACCAUGACUGGAAAAUAGAACACUGAAGCAGUGUGUGAUUUGUGGAAACACUGGCCACUGCAUUCAGUAACACUGCAGACUGCCUCCCUGGUGUACACACCUGCCAACACUUCUGUAAAUUUUCCCUCUUCCAUUAUCAAUUCCAGUUGUAGAUAGAUAUAGUUCAAAAUGUAGUACCAUAAUAGUUGCUACUGAGAGCAGAUAGUGAAAAAUCAGAGGUAAAAAACAGCAUUUGUUGAUGCAAGUAAACUACAUCACUGCCCUUCCAUACACAGAUCAUGACAGUUGAAAAAACACACUGAAUGUGUUGAGGGGAAAGAGAAUGUGCAUAGCAGAAAGAGUGGCUGGUGCUACCAGUAUGCAUAGAGUUGUGCUCGAUUUCUUGGUGUAAAGGAUAGAAGGAUACUGCUACCAUACCUUAUCAAGAUGGGUACUGUGAUGCUGAAGGACUCUUGAUUAUUAUUAUAAUCAAGGGGGGAAGCACUAAACCCAUAGGAUUAUACAGCACCUGUGGGGGGAAGGGGAGGUAUUCAGGCUUAAUUCAGGGAACUGGACCACAGAUCCAAUUCUCUAGAUCAAGAGCCCCUCACCAGUGUCAAGGAACCUCCCUUGAGGAGAGGACUCUUGAUACAAGGUAUUGCAGCUACCCUUCCCUUGUAUCAAACUUGACUAGUUUCAUUUCCCAGAUGCUGUACAACCCCUACAGGUUUAGUGUUUCCCUAAGAAUAUAAUAUCUGCCACCCUCUGCUGCUGCUGUGGAGAGACAGUAAUGGUCCUUCACUAUGUAACUGUAUUCAUGGGAUUAUGAUUCCCCAUAGACAGUUCUGAGGUCGUUUAUCCCAUGACUUCAUCCCAGAUCAUGCCUGAAUUGCUAAACUUUGUAAGUCGUAUAGCGCCUGGGGAAUGGAGUGCACUUGUAUUUGAUUCAAGAAAUGGGAUGAGAGCUCCAUUUCCUUGGAUCAAGAUCCUUUAACCAGCAUCAAGGGUGAAAGGGGCACUGUGUACAGGGUCAAAUUUUUUUUAGGCUAACCCCAUCAGCACAAGAAUAAAGACAGUCAAAAUGAGUUAAACUCUCUUUAAAACAAUUUUAUAUAUUUUUUUUUUUAUCUUAUUCAUUGACAAGAUAUAUUUACAUGAAUUAAGAUAUGCUAAUUUUUAAUUUAUGCACCAAAACUAACUUAGUAUCCUAACCUAACCUUGUUAAAAUUAACAUAUAACUUAAUGCUACCCAUUUAUUAUGUGUAAUCAUAACCAAGCACACUGAAGUUCAGCCAAAAGUAUUAACAUGAAAAUGCUGUAUAUUAAUUUCAUUACUUUCAGACUGACUUUUGUAGUCAUUCCAACAGUUAAUUUAUAAUAGUCUUGUUUGGCAAAAUGAUGUUUGCUAAAUUAGCAAGUUCUGUUUAAAGAGCAUGUCUUCUUACCAAAACAUGAGUAGUGUACCUGGCUUAAAAUUAAAUAACUUACUGUAAGAAGAGUUUAUACUAUUGUUACAAUUCCUCAAAAAAAUUGGUCUGUACAUGACAGAAUUAUUGUACUGUAUUCCAUCGAUGUUAAAUGAUAUUAAGUUUAGGCUGUCCUUAGAUAACCUUGGUAGGAUUAAGCUACUUUAUAUUACAUACAGUAUUUUAGCAAGGUUAGGAUAGAUUUCAUUAUGUACAAUUUAGAAGUUGCAUAUCAAGUUAAAAGAAUAAAGAGGUCAUACUACCAUGGCUGGAGCAAUUCAAUAAAAACCUGCACUCGGGUGAGGAACCUUAGGAUGACAUUUUGGUCCAUUCUGGACCAUUAUCAAGAUGCUACUUUAGCAAGAAAAGUAAGAGAAAGCCAAAAGACCAUACAGUAGGGGGUGUGGGGGGAGGGAAUGAGUGAUGGUGGUGAUAAUGCUAGUGAACAUCCACCACCACCAUUACUAUCACUCCCUUUUUACCCUGCCAUAGCCAGGCUGUGGUUCGUACAUCAGUUUGCAUGUGGCCAACAGUAACAGUCUGGUUAAUCAGGCUCUGAUCCACCAUGAAUGUUGAUCCCCAAAACCCUCUUCAGGUAUGGUCUCUUGGCCUUCUCUACUACUGUGAGGUUCCAUUCCUAUGUACCAAAUUCAUAUUUAUACAACUUUUUACUCCAUAAGAAAAAUAAGUAUCAAGAAAAUUUAGCUUGUUUUGACUGCAAUUUACCUUUUCAGAUAUUGAAUAGAUUUAAACAUUUAAUUUACAAUUAUCAAAACCUACACUGUGUAAGUCAUAAAUGAGAAAGAAUACAACACUGCUGUCAUUCUCUCUUGUAACAUCACUUUCAUGUUCAUACACACAUUUAUUCAAACCUAUACCUGAUUUUCUUAAUGUAUAACUUUUCCGAACAAUGCUCUCCAUAAAGAAAAUAUGCAUCCCUGGGUUUUGUGUUGGCUAAUCAUUUGCUGAUAAAGCAAUGAUUUUUUUUAAUAUUUUCAGACAUUAUGUAGGGGAUUAUUUCAUUAUUAUUAUUAUUAUUUUUUUCUUACCUUUUGGGUCACCCUGCCUUUGUGGGAAAUGGCCAGUGUUAAAAAAAAAAAAUCAUGGGGAAGCACUAUGCUCAAGUAGAUGACUUCAAAAUUAUUAUUGCUGUCAAUUAUUUUGUUAUUAAUGCUAAAAUUUUAAAAGACAUUAGUAAAUGCUCAGUAAUAUACUAUACUAUACAGUACUAUACCUUAUAAUGAAAAGUUAAAAGAAAUCAAAAGAAUUGUCAGAAUGGGCAUUAAUGUGGGAUACUUAUAUCCCACCAUCAACAAAUUAGUAGCCAAAAGGACAAUUGUGACAGAAGUGUUUUCUUCCUAAGGAGAAGUGUUCAGAAUAUAUACAAGUAAGAACAAUGGUAAAAAGUCUGAAUAGAAAUUAACCAUAUAAAAACAAAAUGGGCAUUAAGACAGGUAAUGAGAUGUGCCAUAUUUGCAACUACAAUACAGAUUUUUGAUAAUUGGAAACUUGUGUUUAAAUUUAAUAAUUAAUGGAUAUAAAGAGGCAAAUUGUAUGAUUGAGCUUUGCUAUGUAAGUUCCAAACUUCAGUCAGUCCAUGGAAAUGAUCACAAAAUGCACUGUUAUGUCAACUCUCAGCAUUUAGGUCAAGUCAUACUAUGGCUGAAGAGGCCAUAUAACAUGACAUGACAUGAUCCUGGAUAUGUCUCUGUUAAUAGUGGGUUUUAUCAUAUUUUGGCAUUGAAAAUUAUCAAGAUGGAGUAUAUAUACAAUAUGUAUAUACAUUUUUGUAGAAGACACAUGAAAUUUUUGCCAUACAAUACAGCAUGCCAUCAUAAGCUAUUUAUCAAUAAACUGAUUAGAUUUGCGAAGCUUCGUGAAAGUUUACUGCAGUCAGCUUUGAAUUAUCUAUAUUUGUAUUUACUUGUUAGGUGCUUUAAUAUCGGAUUCACUUUUCACUAUUAACUUUACUAGUUUCCUGCACAAAUGGGGAGACCAAGUGCAUCAAGCCUCACAAGGUAAUAAACAUAUAUUUUCACAAAGCUUGAUAUAAUUGACCCUAUUAACUUGUGUGUAUGUACUGUGAUUUUUCAAGGCAGCCUUUUAUAGAUUUUAAUUGUCUGCCAAAAUGUAUCACUUUGAUGCCAAAUUUAUCAUAAUAAAGACAUUUAUAUUAUAAGCACAGUAAAAGCUGAGUGGACAAAAAAUUAUUUUGAUAGAAAACGUAGCUCUUAUUAUAACAGUAUCAUUGUUAUUUUCCAUUUUAUUUUAAGGGCAUAAGCCUUAUCUGUUGUUGUUCUUCUGCUGCAACACUACUGUUUGAGUUGCAGCAGCUAUAAGUGUUGCUAUUUUCUUCAUGAGUUUGAUACUCAAGUUCCUCGACUGAAUUUGAAAGGUCCUGUAUUCUAGACCACCAUAAUGGUGUUCUUUUCUAUUGCACAUAUCAUGCCAUUGGAGGCAUAUACAGGGUAUUUAAUUCCUCUUGUAAACUAAAUAAAUCAGGUUGUCAUAGAUAAUUUAUAUGCACUAUCUAUAAAGUAUAAAAUAUUUUUAUUGUGCGUGGUGAGAGUAAUAAAUGUAGUCUAAAAAAUAUUCUUCAGAAUAGAAAUGAACUUUUUGAUGCCGCAAACAAAUUGUAGAAAAACACUGCAGAAUGUUAUUAGCUCUUCUUGCCAAGCAUAUUUGGAAAGUAGAAACAUUAUUGUAUUCAAUAGGGAAAAAUAUAUAUACCAGUACUGUGUAUGAGGCUUAACAAAAUGCCUAGAUUACAACACUUUCCUGUGAAGAAAAUUGUAGUGAACCUUAUAUUUGUUCUGAAAUUUAAUAAUGAAAAAAAAAAAAACAGGGUACUUAAUGAUACAUUAUUUAAUAAUGGGUUUUGUUUAAAUCAGUGAUUUGUAUUGUCAGGGGAAACAAAUAUAUUUUUAUUUUUUUUUACACAUCAUUAAUUUUAUAGUCUUCCUAUUUCAAAUACUUCCCUUGGUUCUGUGUUCACAAGUCCCUCAGAGUCUUUUACAGAAGAUUGAUAGUGCAAAACACCUGAUUUUUCUAAAGUAAUGAAACUCUUGGAAUUGGUUUCAGUCUACAGUCCAAAUUACCCAUAGACAUUGUCAUCACCCAUACAAAUUAGUACUGUACAUUAAAUAAAUAAGUAAUUAUGUAUAGUAUGAAACCAAACAUUAGUUAAGUUCCUUAAAUUUUGGGAUGACUCUUAAAUAGUUGCAAUUCUAACCCUGCCUAUGAGCUGUGAGACUCCAAGCCUUUCUGUACUACACAACGUUGCCAAACUUGCCGCACGGUGUUCAGUGUAAGUCUCAAUAAAGCAUAUGCAAAUAUCUCGUUCUUUAUGACCUGAUAAUUUUAUUAUGAUGUAUACUAUGUGUAUCUGAUGGAAAUAAAAUAUAAUAUUCA